AACACAUAAAAUAAAAACACUCCGCACAACUUGUGAUUUCACAAGACAACCGUCUGGAGAUGAAUACCAGCGAUGCCAAGGAGUAUCUGGCGCGGAGGGAGAUACCUCAACUAUUUGAGAGCCUGCUGACUGGUCUGAUGUACUAUCGGCCUGAUGACCCUAUUGACUACUUGGAGGGUUGUCUAAAGAAAGUGAGGGAGCUUGGAGGACCAGACAAGGUGAGGUGGGACACCUUUGUGGGACAGGAGAAGAAGACCCUUCCCCCUCUCAAUGGCGGCCAGUCACGCCGAUCCCUCUUCAGAAAUGUGUUGCCGGAUAGUCCCAAUUUUCCCUACAGACGGUACGAUCGCCUCCCUCCCAUUAGCCAGUUUUCCAUUGAGAGUGACUCAGACCUUUCAGAGACGGCAGAGCUCAUAGAAGAGUACGAGGUGUUUGAUCCAUCCAGACCACGGCCUAAAGUCAUCCUUGUCAUCGGUGGCCCAGGCAGCGGCAAAGGAACGCAGUGCCUCAAGAUUGCAGAGCGCUAUGGCUUCCAGUAUGUGUCCGUGGGCGAGCUGCUGAGGAAAAAGAUGAUCCACAAUGCCACCAGCAACAGAAAAUGGAGCUUGAUCGCUAAAAUCAUCACCAACGGCGAGUUGGCACCACAGGAAACCACGAUUACUGAGAUCAAGCAGAAGAUUAUGAAGAUCCCAGAUGCCAAUGGGAUCGUCAUAGACGGGUUCCCUCGUGAUGUUGGCCAGGCCUUGUCCUUUGAGGACCAGAUCUGCACUCCUGACCUGGUGGUGUUCCUGGCAUGCACCAGCCAUCGUCUGAAGGAGAGGCUGCACAAACGAGCUGAGCAACAAGGUCGGCCAGACGACAACCCCAAGGCCAUCGACCGCCGCUUGACUAACUUCAAACAAAACACCAUUCCUCUGGUGAAAUACUUCCAGGAGAGGGGUCUCAUUGUUACGCUGGAUGCUGACCGAGAUGAAGAGGAGGUCUUCUGCGAUAUUAGCAUGACUUUGGAUAAUAAGCUGUGUUCCUCCAAAGAGCCCGCUGCUGGCCAUAGUGAGCCUGGACUUCAGUUGCUGGGUGACACAAGCAGCCUGGCAGAUGUUGCUUACAAGUACCAUGAGGUAAGUUUGUAUGAUGAAGAUGAAGACAUCGGGUAUGCUGAAGGAGCUACAGAAUCUUAUUGCACAGAACAGAAGAAACCAAAGGUCAUCUUUAUGAUGGGCGGUCCAGGCUCAGGAAAAGCUCUCCAGUGCGACAGGAUUGAGGAAAGGUUUGGCUUGCGUCGCAUUACCAUGGGAGACCUGCUCUGUAAUGAGCUGCAGUUGCACAGCGACAGGGGGCACCACCUGUGGGACAUCCUGGAGAGGGGAGAGCGGCUGCCUGAGGAAACACUGCUGGAGCUGCUGUGUGAUGCGGUGGCGUCGUCACUCCGGCAGGGGAAAGGUCUUGUGAUCAGCGGAUUUCCCAGAGACCUAAGGCAGGCAGAGGAGUAUGAAGCCAAGAUGGGAGAACCUAAUGCGGUGCUGCUGCUGAGUUGCUCUCCGGACACCAUGUCCAGUCGUCUGCAGUCCUGUGGAAGAUCCUGCUCCAGUUUCCAUCCUGACACAGACUCUGCAUUGCACCGGAGAGCCAAAAGCUUCGGCAGCAACAGCCAGCCAGUGGCGGCUCACUACAAGUGCAAGAACCUGCUGCACAUGAUUGACGCGGAGACAUCACCAGAUGAAGUGUUUGCUCAGAUCUGCCAGGCCAUUGACUCCGAUUCAGCAUUCUGAUUGCUGUGACCCCCCAACGACAGCCCCGUCCCAACGUUCUGCUGAGCACAUGGCCCAGCAGCUCCCUGUGAAGGUCUCCCGUCUCUCUGCAGCAUCACUACAAAGACACUCACCCCCACUUACCUGCAUCAGACAUAUGGUUUAUUGAGCUCCAGUAGUGUGCAUGUCUAACCUGAUGUUUUGUAAUCCAUUUCUGCUUUGAACACCGACAUAGCACCUGGUUGUCACAUUCUGCUUCACCUUCUGGUACUGUCGCUCUUAUAAAAGCUGCCAACUGCCGGACUGAGGCAGAUAACUGUACAGAAAAAAAUAUUCCCUGCUGUGGCUGAGAGCAUGUUUCUUUGUUGAAUGUGAAGUCUCUGCCUUCCUCCAAGGAACAGAGAGGGUUCCCGCGAUGCUGCAAAGUGAAAUGUCAGUAUGUGGACAAAAAUAGUAAGUGCGCGUCCAUGCUCUCACCCACAGCACGCUUUAUACGGUAAGAGGCAUGCAAGCUUUUCUUUCAUUAAAUAAAAAGCUGAAAAGGAGUUAAGAGCAUU